UAUGUACACUAAUCUUACUCGGAUUCCGUUCUCUGUUGUGACUAUUUCUUGAGGAAAAUUAGCUAUGAAUAAAUCCUCUUAUGUUUGCAAUAAUUCUGUUGAUGUGUUGUAUGAAAUGUCUGCAUUAAAUAACAGGACUCAUAUGAUCGUGAUAAUAUUGACAAAAGUGUAACAUGAUUGGCCGAAUGUUGCUCAAAUUUUCAUUGGUCAUAUUGAAAUAUGUAAUACAGACAACAGAUAUUUGCAGUAUAUAUUUCACAUUUUCUGCUUGAAAAUACGUUCUUCAAACUGACUACGCUUUGUAUUGUCAAAGCUGGAUUAAAUUAGGUGGAAUUACAGCAUGAAUUCUAGGAAUAUAUCAAAUGAAGAAAGAUACUGAAAAAUGAAUUCAUCUAUAUCACGCCAUACUAAGCCUCCACAAAUUCAAAUGAAAUUAUCUGAAACAAAACAACAAGAAAAUGUACCAGUAAAUAAUUCACCAACGAUACCACAAUGUACACCUACAUCAUCGACACAAUCAGAAGCUGAUGAAGAAGUACGAAUAGUGUUUUUAGGUUCAGCUAAAGUUGGGAAGACUUCAAUCAUUCAACGUUUUCUCCAUAACCAUUUCGAAACAAAAUAUACACCAACCGUUGAGGACAUUCACUUGAAAAAGUUCAUAGUGCGUGAUCACAUAGUAAAACUUGUUUUAAUAGACACUGCUGGCAGUUAUGAUUUUCCAGCUAUGUUACGGUUAUGCAUAAGUAAAGCAAGUGCAUUUGUUAUUGUAUUUGCUCAUGAUAGCCUUGAUUCACUCGUACAAGCUGGUCAGCUAUUAUCACAAAUUAAAUCUCAACGUAAAGAUUAUGUCUCUAUAACUUCAAACUUAUCGCAUGAGCAAAGUGGAGAUUGUGUACCUAGCAUGAACAUGGCAUCACCAAUUACUGUUGUGUGCAAUAAGUCCGAUUUACCAAAUUCAUAUUCACAAAUCAGUGAAGGUGCCAUAAUGGAAUGGUUGCUUACAAAUGGUUUAAAGCCAUCACAAUUCGUAUAUGUCAGUGCUAAAACAAACGACUCAAUUAUGUCAAUAUUUGAAUCACUAUGGUUACAAAAUGAUGUGAGUAAGGCAAUAACGUUAGUUAAAUGGGAUGGUACUAGACGAGCUAGUCUGAGUACUACCCAACAAGCCGGAAUAACUACUAGUACUGGCAGUAAUACAAUCAGUAAUACAUCGGGGAAUAUGUUGCCCACUGGAAUAAAAGAAACAGAUUUUUCUGCGCUCAGUGGAACUGUACCUAAUAAUACUGUCUCAUCGAAUGAUAGUAAUAUCAGUCCUAAUACUCUUAGUAAUGAAUUAUCUGAUGUGAGUAUAACUGAACGAAAGCACUCAAAGUUUCGUCAAGGAAUCUUUCGUAAUAGUUUGCGUUUAAGUCGAAGAUCUAGUGGAAAGACAAACAAAUGUAAACCAGAUUUAGUUUAUCUAGAUUGUACAAUAUCUUAAUAGCAAUUUAAAUGCUUUAUUAAGGAAUGCAUAAUUAACUUUUUUUUUGUGAAACUCUGUAUCCAAAAAAAGUCUGGAUAAAAAAAUAUCUAUUUCCUAGUUACCAUCAAAAAUACGUUUAAAAUUAUUCCAUCCUUCGUUCCUUAUAUAAAUUAUCAUGUAUUCUUCAUUGUCGAUAUAAAAUGUCUACAAAAAUUCUUAUAUGGUGUCCUAGAAAAUAUGUUGUCUAUAUUAGUGCGUCUAUUUCUUCUGUACAUUCAGUGAAAAUUUACUUAUAUGAUAUUUUUGUAAAUCUCAAGUAAUUAUCGAACAGAAA